CGAUGCCAGUUCACUUUCUUCUUGAUUUGAAUUAGGUUUUAUACAGGAGGGGCAAAAUUAUGAGCAGUGAAGCUUCGUUAAAUGCUUUGAAGGUUUACAGACAACUUCUCAAAGCUAUUAAGAAACACAUUGGACAGGAACAAGAUUACAAGAAGCAUUUCAAAGACUUUGUAAUGAUUGAGUUCCGAAAGAAUAGCAAUUUGUCGGAGAAUUCGUCAAUUCAGCAGAAAAUUAAGCUUGCUCGAGAUUAUACUUUCUUGCUUAAUAGUGUUCAUCAUCACAAGGAUUUGUUGUUCUCUUACAAUAUUGCCGUUGAUAGAUCAGAUGAAAUGAAAAGAAUACUAGGAAAAUCUGCUGCCAGCGUAGGUCUUCAGCUUCCAGAGGUUUAUAAGUCUUGAUUAUCAAGAGUUAUUUCUCUUUAUUCGAUACCAUUUCAAGGAUGCCGCUUCUGAUGUUCUGAGCACAAGGAAUUUGGUAGGUGUUGAUUUGCCUAAAACUGAGUUUUCACUGAUGGGUUGCCCAUUCUGAUAAAAAUUAAUUGGGUAGCUUUCAUAGUGCCAACGCCUGCAUAUUAUAUGCCCAUUUUGUUUGAAAAUGUAGGUUCUUGAAAUCCAUAAAAAGUAUUUUUGAUACUUGUUAAUUACUCUUUCAUGAUAAAGAUUAUUGAGUUCUUGAUGGGGCAUAUUUUAUAUAUGAAUAUUUCAUCUUUUUA